AUGACAAAAUAUCGUCGAAACCGUCCUCCUAACAAAUUAGAUGAAAAUAAAGAAGAAUUUCGAUUAAUAUGGCUCGAUGAAAAUAUAAAUGAUUCUGAUGACUCAAUUAAAACACAAACAAUGUUAUUAAAUCUGAAUCCAUUUGCUCAAUUUUUCACCGAUGCUAAUCGAUGUAUUGAUGUAAUCAGUUGGAUCAAAGAUGAACAAGUCCUAUUGGUUAUUUCGGGCUCGUUGAGUCGAAGUGUUCUUCCAAAAAUUCAUCAUUUACGAUCAGUUGUCGUUAUUUUUAUUUUUUGUGCUGAUGCUCAACGUCAUAUAUCAUUGAAGAAUGACUAUAAAAAAAUUAUUGAAAUAUUUGUUGAUCAAGAAAGUCUAUUGAAAUCGAUUCGUCAAACAAUCAAUGUUCUCGAAAAGCAAGUACUAAAUUUCAGUUUAUUCAAUCAACAACAAAAAUCAUCACGAGUUUUAUCUAAAGAAUCAGCAUCAUUUUUGUGGCAUCAAAUGAUUCUAUAUAUUCUCAAACAAAUGCCUCAAGACGAACAAUCUAAAAAGAUAUGCUUGACAAAUGUCUAG